CCCAGUAGUCCUGCAGACUCUUCAUUCCUUACCGGGUCCUCGCAUGGACGUUUUUGUUAACGCUUGAUGCCAUGGCCCAGCUGAUUCCGGGUGCUUUAGUGCAAGUCUCUGGAACGUACGAGGAGGUCAUUGAGGUGGGUGAAGCAGUAGAGAUCCUUGGCCGAGUGUCAGUGGAUGGGCCCGCUCAGCUGCUGCGCCGGGAGGGCCCGCAAUGGCUGGCUCUGAGCUUUGCCGGGCAGCUGAUCCGCGUGGAUCAGCCCAGACCGCUGAAUGCGGUCGAUGACUUCGUGCUAGGGCCAGGCUCCAAUAGCGAAGUCCUCGCGGAUGCCAUGGCCUCGCAGCUGAUUAUGGACGGCUACUGCGAAAGUCGAGCGCUCAACCUCCGGAGCGAGGUGGAGGCGAUGAUUUCGGCCACCGAGAGGUAUCUCGAUUUCAGUCGAAUACCUGCAGAGUUUGAGCCAUACUAUUUGGGGGUCGAGAGUAAAGAGAAGCAUGCCUUGAUCGACUUGGAGGAAGCCUCGGAGGAGCUCAUCCGAAUCUUCCAAGAUGAGGACACACGCCUUACGAGGCUGAUGGAUGGCAUCACGCCCGUCUUGAGAAGUGAGCUGGGAAGUCGAAUCACCGGCCGCACGAAUCUCAUGGUGAGACAAACCUUUAGCACUGUGGAAGAGGAGAAGGCCUUCCAAGCGACUGAGGAGCCGGGUAGCGGAGAGCGGGAGACCUUCAUGAGUUUGGUGAAGCGGCGGCGUGUGUGCAUGAUGCACUUCCUGGGGCCUCGGACUGGGACGCUGAAGCUGCUCCCAAGAGCUGACCGGCCAGAGAUCACCAUCGAGGCAACACCAGGCAAGCUGGUGAUGUUCCUGACGGAGCGCUUUCGGUAUAGCCAUACGUGCUCAGGGAGGACCACCACGUUGCAGACGUGGCUACUUGGACAGCGCCCUGAAUACGUCAUGCAAGGCUUCGGUGGAGACAUGUCAGUGCUAGCUCCUCUGGCGGAGAGCGGUGUGCCUCCCCCGAAGGGUGAGUCUGUAACGGUCACUGGCAUUGCCACGGCGAUCGGUGGUGAUUCCAAGGAUCAUCAUUGUUACUGGCUCAUGUUCAACAAGGCAGGCACUGACACUGCGGUCAAGACACCAAUCACGCGUUACGAUCUCAAUGUCUAUUACAUGGAUGUGGACAAUAUGGCAGAAGCCCAGGCAGAGGGGAAGGCCUACACCGCCCACCAGGGCUAUGUCGAUGGCAUUGAAUUCUUUGACGCAAAAUUCUUUGGCAUCUCCGCUGCCGAGGCAGCAGCCAUGGACCCGAACCAGCGCAAGACUCUGGAAAUUGCGUACGAAAGCAUCAACAUGGCAGGCAUUGACAUGCCUUCCCUGAAGCGCAGUCCACAGCACAUCGGUUGCUUUGUUGGUGUCAGCGGAUCAGAGUGGGGUAUGGUACCUCACCCAGCAGACGCAGCAGGUUGUGGAGGCGCAGAGGCGAUCAUCUCGAAUCGGGUGAAUUUCUCCUUGAACCUCAAGGGUGCCAGUCAGACCAUCAAUACAGCUUGCUCAGCUGGACUUGUGGCCACGCACACCGGGAAGUUGUAUCUCAAGUACAAAGACUUCGAUCCGUUGGAGGGUUCCAUUUGCUGUGGCACGCAGUUGGCUUACAGCCCUUUUGGCUUCCUCUCUUGCUGUGGUGGUGGCAUGCUCUCCUUCCAGGGCCGCUGCUUCACCUAUGACCGAUCAGCUGAUGGGUAUUUGAGAGGGGAGGGUGUGUCUGGCAUCUACUUGCAGCGAAACGAAUACAGCAACAAGGGGCACCUUUUUGCGGCGAUGCCAGCCAGCCAAGCCAACCAGGAUGGCAAGAGUGCCAGCAUCACCGCUCCCAAUGGACCUUCCCAGGAGAAGUGCAUCAAAGCCUGCUUUCGGGAGGCCAAAUAUUCGCCAGCUGAAGUUGACUGCUUCGAGACACAUGGCACCGGCACAGCCCUGGGCGAUCCCAUCGAGGUUGGAGCCUUCAAGCGCAUCUACCAACAAGUGCCCCGUGCGCAGCCUUUGCUUGUCACUAGCUCCAAGACGAACUUGGGGCAUCUCGAAGGUGGCGCAGGAAUGGCCGGGCUCAUCAAGGUGGUUUUGCAGGUCCUGCGCUGCGAAUCUAGCCCGAACAUCCACCUUCGGGAGAUGAAUCCACACUUGGACGUGGAAGGAUUUCCUGCUCAGUUCCUGUCAGAGGGCUGUGUGACGCACUUCAACAGUUGCGUCAGUGGCGUGAGCUCUUUUGGCUUCGGUGGCACCAACGCCCAUGCCAUGGCUUUCUCCCAGAACAUUUGCAACAAUCGCGAUGUGACCAAGAAGGAUUACAGGAGCCUGAUGAUGCAAAAGAUCCAGCAGGCUGCGCCUCCUGAGAUCAUCAAAGCCACUCAGGAUCCAGAGGACUGGGAGAGCAAUGGAGCUCCUUUGAGCGAGGACAAGAUCGGCAAGCUUUACGAGGUGGAAGUGGACCUCAGCGGUAAAGUCGUUUGGCGGGAAGUUGUGGAGACACCACCAGAUCCAAAAGCACACGAGAGGUUUGGCAUUGCAGGAAGCUUUAAUAGUUGGAGUUGCCGAACCAUGGCCGAGAUUGCGGGACUUCCGGGGCUGAUUACUGAAGUGUGGGACCUGCUGAAGCGCACAAGUCGUCUUCUUUGUCGGGGAUGCCUUCAGCUUUGGUUUGGUGCGGAGGUGACCAUCGGCGAGUCUGGCGAAGAGUACUUCCAUAUUUUGGGAGACGAGGACACCAGCCAGGUCUACUAUCCGGCCAUGCCGAGAUGCACACGCAAGCUUGUGGAUGUUCGUGGACCAAGCGCCGUGCUGGGCAACCCAGAGGAACAUGCGUGGUGCAUCCAAGGGCAACCUGGCUCCAGGUUCAGAAUCGAAUUUCAGAUUACAGCACGAUCAGUCCUAGUGACGUGGCUGAGGAUCGCUGAAGCUUUGCAGAUCUGAGCCA